AAAUAGACUUUGCAGCGCUCCUCCCGCAGCCAAUCGUUUGGCUGGAGUCCGCGCACAGCCUUUGGAGCGCUUUGGCGCUUUUAGACCGUGCGUAAAAAUGCACCUGUGACCAGACGCAGCAGCAGCAGCAGCAGCAGCAGCAGCAAAGUCCGCCGUGCACCACACGGAAUAACUUCCUUCUACACGAAGGCUGGAUUUUAUUUGACAGCAGCAUUGUGGUUUUUCCGCCUAAAAGUGCCCGUUUGAAUUAAUCAGCUCUCCGCCGAAUCAGAUGCGCCAAAGAAUGAUGCUGAAGAAAAACUGCGCGGGAUUUUCCACGACAGCUGCCAGAAACGCUUUUGGACUCUAUCCUCUCUGAUCUACGACUGAACCCCCACCAAUUAUGGAGAGCUUAAGCGAGCUCCAGAACCCUCUGCUUGACAAGACCAGCAGACACGUGGGCCACAGUGACUACCAGGGCUACCAGUGCGACUACCCCAGCCAGCCUUACCAAGAGAGCCUCAUUGGCUACUACUACACUGGGACCAAUGGCAAGCAUAAGACUCAGCAGUUCCUGGAUGCAACCUCUCUGCAUUUAGCAGUGGAGGCUUUCUACAGACCGAACCUCAUCCUGUACAAAGAUGACAUUAGUGUUCACAGCAAGGACUCCAAAAGCGAGAGCUUUGAGACCACGUUCACCGAGUGUAAGGACGCCGUGCUAGACGGAGGUCCCACAGAGAACCCUUUGGACAGCGUACAAGCAGAGAAGGAUGUGAAGAUCCAGACGGUGUCGUACGAGGUGGAGGAGGAACAUGGCCCCGAGUAUGAGAGUGACAGCUCCAGUGACAGCGAGAGUGAGGACAACUUCAUCGUGCUGCCCCCUCGGGACUACCUAGGCUUGGCAAUCUUCUCCAUGCUCUGCUGCUUCUGGCCCUUGGGCAUUGUUGCCUUUUACUACUCUCACAAGACUGGCAAGGCCGUCACUAAAGGAGACUUCUCCAGAGCAGGAAUGAGCUCCAGGAGAGCUCUCUUCCUGGCCGCUCUGUCCAUCACCGUUGGAACUGGGAUGUAUGUUGGUGUGGUCGUGGCCCUCAUAGCCUAUCUGUCCAAGCCUGGACAUGUAUAGCGCUCAGUCUUUAUUUAAAAAGGAGAUGAAAUGAGUCCAAUAUUGAGAUGAGACCAACUCGAAAGGACGGAAGAGAUGAAUUUAGACCACAAAAAAAAAAAAAAAAAAAACCUUUGACCUUUAAUACUGAAUCUUUACUUCGGAGAAAAAAAACUUCGAACAAGGUAAUCCACUGCAAGAUGGAGAAAGAACAGCGCCGAGGAUGAUGGUGCUGCAUAUAUAUUU